AUGAUUAACAACAUAUUAAAACAAACACUCAUAAAAUCUCGCAAAUAUUACAGUGUCAAAAGGUUUCCCUGGUCGGAGUAUGAUGAAAUAGCUUCAAUACUACAUAGUAAUCACCCUUUUAUUGAUCCAUUACAGCUUCGCUUCCACGAGCUCCAUGAAAUGGUUACAGAUCUUGUAGAUAAGCCGAAUGAAUGUUCAGAAGGCAAACUGGAGGCCAUUCAAAUGGCUUGGUUCAAUCUAAAACAGGAAUGA